AUGACUUCUCCAGUGGCUGCCGCAAAACAGCAGCUCAGACGCCUGCUCAAACAGCGUCUCUCCCAAGUUUCCCAAGAAUCCAUCCUCGCUCAAAGCAACACAAUAUUCGAAACCCUCAAAUCCUUCAAGCCCUACCAGGACGCCCGCCGCAUCAGCAUCUACCUCUCCAUGCCCGCCGCCGAGAUCCAGACCGACGCCAUCGUCCGCCACGCCCUCACCUCCGGCAAGCAGGUCUUCGUCCCCUACCUCCACAAGUCGCCGCUCGACGAGCCCGGAACGCCCGCCCGCAUCAUGGACAUGGUGCAGCUCCGCGAUGUGCACGACUACGACGGCCUGCAGCGGGAUUCAUGGGGCAUCCCGAGCAUCGACCCUGCCACCGUUCACCUCAGACAGCGUAUCCUCGGUGGUCCCGAUGCGCAAAAGUCGGACCAGGCGACGCUGGACUUGAUUCUCAUGCCGGGCGUGGCGUUUGACACUGACGAGAGGGGGUGCGUGAGGCGGCUUGGUCACGGCAAGGGGUUUUACGACUUCUUCCUGAAUAGGUAUCUUGCUACGAAGCCGCAUGAUGAGGCUGGCGGGGAGCACGUGCUGCGGUUCUACGGGCUGGCGCUGAAGGAGCAGCUUCUCGAUCCCAUGGCGGACGAGCCAGUGCCCAUGGGCCAGUUUGAUAGGAAGUUGCACGGUCUGAUAUUGGGGAAUGGGGAGAUUAAGCUCUCGCCGGAUGCUGAGGCCGUCGAAGCAGAAGUGAACGAAUCAUGA